GGUGGUAAAAUAAAGGGAUGAUAAGACAGUACAAAAGACUUAACUUUGCAUGUUUCCCCGCACUCUACACACUGCAAAAACAUAUAUAUAAAAAAAAAGAAAAAGAAAGGGUCCACUAAACUCACUGCUACAAUAAGCUUUUUCAAACUCUCUUCAUACUCCCCGCUACCCACCCACCCCCACGCCCACGCCCACUCAUAUGCACAUUAAUAUUCUUCUUAUCAUACUCCAACUAGCAGCAGUUCCUCUAAUACUGUAAAACCAAACUAAAAAACUAUGGACUUCAAUCUGAAGCAACAGGAUGAUGAGUCACUUACAACAACUCAUCACCAUCAUCCUGCAAAGUUACCUAAACUUGUUCGUGACUUUCAGUCUGUUGUGUCUGCUUCUACUGAUUCUGCACUUCCAUUGUUUGUCUCUCAACCAACAUCAACAACUACUACUACUAACAAAUUGUUGUCAGAUUCAACAACAACUGCCACCACCAAAUUUACCAGGAUUGGGAGUGGUUACUUCAGCUUGGCACAGUGGCAAGAACUUGAACUACAGACUCUGAUUUUUAGGCAUUUUAUAGCUGGUGUCUCUGUUCCUCCUGAACUACUUCAUCUUGUUAAGAAAAGCAUCAUCACUUCUCCUCCUUCAUAUUACUAUUCUCAUCCCUUUCAACAGUAUCCUCCUCACUACCAACAAGCUUUGAUGCAGUCAGGGUACUGGGGAAGAGGAGCCAUGGAUCCAGAACCAGGGAGGUGUAGGAGGACUGAUGGGAAGAAAUGGAGGUGUUCAAGGGAUGUAGUGGUUGGCCAGAAAUACUGCGAGCGCCACGUUCAUCGUGGCCGCAGCCGUUCAAGAAAGCCUGUGGAAAUUCCCACACCUGCCAACAAUGGCAGUAAAAACAACAACAACAAUACUGUUUUUCAUCAUCAAGCCUUUGAAAAAAUGGCUAGUCAUGCUCCUCAUUUUUCUCUAUCUGGACAUUCACCUUCAGCUGAUGCAGCUCUUCAUCUCAACCAAAGGCCAUUGGAGUCCACCAAAAAGGGUCCACCAUUUGAAGCCCAAAAAGAUGAUGGUAAAUCAUCCAAUGGCCAAAUUCUGCGCCAUUUCUUUGAUGAUUGGCCCAGACAACUUCAAGAAGGUGACAAUGCUGCCACCAGUCUUUCCAUUUCGAUGCCCGGUAGAGGGGUCGGGGGCGGUAACCCCUCGUCUGACUUCUCGUUGAAGCUAUCAACGGGGAAUGACUAUGACUCAGGGCCUCAUCAUGUCAGUAAUGUUGAACGGUCUACGUGGGGAACGAGUCAUCAAGUGGCCUCAAUGGGUGGGCCACUUGCCGAGGCCUUAAGGUCAUCGACUACUAACUCGUCCCCCACUAGCGUGUUGCAUCAGUUGGCACGAGGUACCACGUCGGACGCCAGCUAUAUUAGCACUUGAUUAUUUUUCAUGACAGAUGUUUUUGCACUUUGUUGCUUUUAUGUUCUUGUUGGUGUUGUUCAUUGUUCUUUUUGUUGCAUUCACUAACUAUCAGCUGUACAAAUUUGCAUGGGAUGUGUGGUGUGUUUAUUAUUGGUUUUGAGUUAAUACCAAAGGUGUGCAUUUGGUGAA